GUUGGAGGGGUUAGUGUGCGGGUGUUAGGAUUUUACUGUGUACUUGGUGAAACCUAAAUAGGUGUUUCAGAGAUUUGUCCUUUAGACAGUAUAAUAGUAUAUCUUUUAUCUAAAAAAAACCCAGCCCAAAAUAGCUUUUUAAUUGUACCAUUUGUCACUUCUGGGAGACACUUAACAUUUUUGAUGACACAUUCCAGUAAUGGUCUUGUGUUUGUCCAAUGAAAUGCUCUCUAGAUUAAAUGUCCCUAUAGAUCUCUCUAUGUCCCACCUCCCUGAAGGUGGUUCUUUCCCUGCGUCCCAACUGCCAUUCUUAUAUGAUGUAUUUUUAACAAAGUAAUUUAUUUAUAUUUUUUGUGAACAAAAAGUAGAUACUUUUGAGUGUGUAGUAAGAGUAUGCAAGUACUCAAACACUGAAAUGCUACACUGAAUACACCAGGUGGCAGUAAUGAGCAGCUGGUAACCUAGCAACGACAUUACAUUAAGCUGACUCAGAAGCCUGUCCGAGACUGUUUCGGGAGGUGUUUCCAGAGGUGCCUUCGUGCGCAGAUGCUGCCUUUGAAGUUGUUGCCUGAUAGGGAAGCGAAGCACCAAGUCAGCUGCUCAAGUUUUCAUCUGAAGCCCAUGUAACUGAAGAGAACGUUGUUGCCCAGAAGAGAGAACACCGACGCUGUAAACAAACUCCUCGUCGCAUUUCGGCUUUUCUUCAUUAAUUAUUCCUUAUCAUUUCUACUAUUAAAUUAAAUUCAUCAUUCCCUUGAUUUAUUUUUUCCACAUUUCAUUUACACUUCUCCAAAACGCUUCCUCGAAUUCGGCAAAGCAAAUGGUCACAAAGCUCCUCCUCCCUCACGCAAGGAAUUGUGGGCAAUAUUUGCUGAAAAAGUGUCCACAGAUCCACACGUUUGAAAAACUACUGGAAAUAGUAGACCACCCGGGUACCUUUGGGUACCGUACUACGAUUUGGGACACACUAAUUCUCAACUCUAUUUAGAAUUUAUGAUCGUAUUUAGUACGGGUAGUAGGUGAAUUGAGACGCGGAGAUGUUCUACAGCAGCGGUUCUUAACCUUUAUUGAGAGUGACCAACUUUUAAGCAUGAGAUGAUAAAUAAGUUUCCACCGCAGGAACUAGGGACUUUUGGAGGUAUUCAGUGGGACCAGGUUCUAAGUUGAGUUCCGGGUAAAAUAUUUCCCCCUCGUAAAGUCCCUCCUGGAGAGGUGGUACUUUUUCAAAGUUCAAGAACUUUGUGGGGUGGGACUCAGGCUCUGAACAUGCUGAUUGGUUGAAUGCACUCAGCAUUAUUUUAUUUCAGCCACCAUUUUUAAGUCUGUUGCGGUGCGUACAGUAACAAGUGUUUAUUACGAUUCGAAUCAACACAGUGGAGUUUCUGAAAAAAUCUGACUGAUGGGCCGACGAUGAGGUUCAGGCCUUAUUGAGUAUUCAUGCCGAGGACGAAAUACAACAGGAACUGGAAACGGCGACCCUCAGUGAAAAAGUAUAUAUUAAACAUAUCAAGUGGGUUUAGCGAGCUGGGUGUUGUUCACACAGGAAAACAGUGCAGAGUGUGAGGCUUGUGUGUGUGCCUGUUCAUCUCGGUCACCUCCACCAUAGCUGAUAAAAUCCCUUUUCUUACUUUAAUCCAGCGUUACGAGCACUCUGGAUUGGCUUUACCACCACUGCUCAUCUCUUCUCCGGCGUUUUCUCGAUUUCCUCUUUAUCAUCACAAUCAACAGCAGUACAGCUCGAAUCUCCUCCAUGCUUGUUGCGGUGUCGUUAUCAGAUUUCAGAAAAUAGAUCGUCCGUUUUUAAAACAUGAACCUUUAGCCAAAAAUAAAAAAAUAAUAGUUUAUCCCCCGAGUGGGAAUCGAACCCCGGGCCGCAGCAGUGAGAAGGCAGACUCUUAAUGAAUGAAUGUAUUAUUUAUUUAUUUUAUUUUAUUUUAUUUAAAAAAAAAAUUUAUUAACUGUUCAAAGGUUUGUGUUCCAUUCAGAGCCUGCUACAUGUUUUUAUGAGCCGAGCAAACAUUUUACAUCAUUAAAAUUCAAGGCUUCAUGUCCUCACCGAGGGCUUGUCGCGCGCAGUCGUAUGUCACUGGACUUAUUUGUAUAAUCUUCACGGCACUUUAGACCGCUAUGGAAAUGCACACAACUAAGGUCUGGAGGAACCAACUGGUCCCUUGAAAAAAGUUCUUGGGACUUUUUGUUCUGGGUAAAUUCGUUGGAAACGUGGUUAUAGUGUGUCCAGAUCGUAGUAUGUUGAAAUGAGUUUUCAGAGGUACCUGAAUGGUCUACUAUCUCCAGUAGAGUUUCUCAGUGUGGAUCCGUGGACACUUUGUUUGUUUUUUUGUUUAUUUAUUUAUUUAUUUAUUUAUUUAUUUAUUUAUUUAUUUAUAAUAUUACCCUCAACUCCUUGCAAAAGAGAGGAGAAGCUUUGUGACGAUUUGCCUUUUGACACGUUUUAGAGAGGUGUAUAUGAAAUGUGGAAAAAUAAAGUAAGGGAAUGGAAAUUUUUGUUAUUGUUAUGUAGUAUAAAUUAUAUAAGGAAUGAAGAAAAGUCUUCCUGCACACUAUUCCCUUUACAAACCUUAUUUUUUAUUCUUUUCAUGGUUAUGGAACAGACACUUCUCAGACAAGUGUUGUAUAAAAUUAUUUAUUGAUGAAAUUCUGGAUUGUACAACAGGUAGUUCGGGUUCACUAAUUUGAUAGGGCAAGUGCGUCCCAAGCGUGCUGAUAUACAGAUAUAGAAUAACAGCGCUGGCUCUUUAGCACUCCACUUGUACGUGUUCACGAGUAAAAUUACAAUUCUACAAAAGUUGAUCACAUCGAAGCCGCUACUACACUUCCUUGUGUCUCUCAGUCUGGCUGUCAGUCAAUCAGUCAGUCACGUGGCACUCUCUCCAGCUGUGGCUUCUUUGAGAACUAAUUUUGUUAAUGGAAGCAAAAAUAAACAAAAAAUUUGGCCAUGUGAAAUUUCCUGUUUUAAUAGAGCUGUUGUAUAAAAGCAGUAUCACACACUCUGUUAUGCUGUUGUAGUGGCACGGUGCGGUGGCACAGUGGGCCUCACUAUUGCUGCUUCACAGCGCUAGGCCUGGGUUCGAUCCUGAGCUUGGGUUACUGUCUGUGUGAAGUUUCACACGUUCUCCCUGUGUUCGCAUCAGUUUCCUCUGGGUUCUCCAGUUUCCCCUCCCCUGCCAAAAACAUGCAGGUAGGCGGACUGGCGACUCUACAGCCUCGUUUACAACUGGCAUUGAAAUGCGUCCUGGGUGAUCAGAUCACAAGUGGACAGCAAUAAGUACAGGUGUGAACGGGAUCAGAGGUGUCUCUGGGACGCAUUGUGAUCCGAUCACUCAACCCACGUCCAUAGGUGAUCAGGGAUGCGUAUGGCCACAUCGCAUUUGCUGUAUGAACGCGAACACGUCUUGAUGCAUUCCGCACAGCUCCGAUGGACCGACUGAUUGACUGCGUCAUUGACUGUCUGGAAAUCCCUCUGAAUGGUAGAUCUCUCCGGCGCUAGUCUAAUGGAUAAUAGUGACGCUAAAACAGCAGCUGCUUUUCAAACUUCAUUUGUCGUCUCAUCUGUCAUUCAUUUAUAUGUUUCGUUAGCAUACCGUGUGAUUAAACCGUAUGAAGUGGUGCGUACAGAUACGAGAUCUGGUUAGAAUUGUUAGAUUAUUUAUAUUAGCUGAAUGUUUGAGUAAUAUCUGUGUUUGCCAUGAAAUAGUCAUUGAAGCUGGUAUGGCAAUAAACUUUUAAUACAAACAAACAAACACGAUAUGAUUCAUAGGGCAUGUCUGACUGAAAAUAAAUGCAGCCGAAGAUGUAUUGAAUAUGCUCGACAGCCUUAUACAAGUGGUGAAUGAAGACACGUCCUUAACGCCAGGUGUGAACGGCUAUGUGUCCCGAUCGCCCAGGACGCGUGUUAACACCAAAAGUGGACAGGAUGUAAAUUUCUGCAGGUGUGAACGUGUGUGGGAAUGGACUGGCGUGUUCCCGGAAUAGGCUCCAGAUCCCGACACUGAUCAGGAAAAAGCAGUUACUGAUGAUGAAUGAAAAAUGAAUUAAUGCUACGAGGGGUAAUUUUAUUAAAAAAAUUCUCUAAAUGAUAUCUUUCAAAAGCCCACCGAGUUUUGUUUCAUAAGUACCCAUGAAGGUGUUAUUUAAACUCUUCAAAUCAUUGAAUAAUACAUGGAUUAUUAUGCUCCUUUAAAUGCUUAUGAAUAUGUAUGAUUUGCACAUUUGGAAACACCCUCAUGACCUCCUGCCAUCCCAACCCCAGUACCUACAGUCUACUACGCUAUUCCACAAAGACCAGCAGCCCUGUAUGUUUGAACCACACACGGACCCGGUCUGAAGUGGACACGUCUGUUCACCAAAUUCAGGGCCUUGUCCUAUUAGAACGAGUCAGUGUAUGACCUCCUGCCUAAAGAACUUCAGCUUCCUCUAGCCUCACAGGACAGCCACAGCAUGAGUCAGAAGAGUGGUGGAGAGGCAGGCCCUCUUCCCUCUGCUGCCGUGGCCUCAGAUGCAGCCACCGCCUGUGUUGUUUCAUCCUCCCCUGGAGGGCACAGCAGUGCUUCUUCCUGUCCCAGCAUGCACUGUGCUACUUCAGCUCCAGAGCAGUCUUCCAGGCUCCACUGUCUCCCUGUCGAGGUGCUGGGAGCGGAGCCUGGUUCGACUUCUGGUAUCAGUGGGACUGCUGGGAACGAUGGUGUCGGAGCAGCAGCCCAUCAGAGCCAGAUGACACCCUCAAAGCGACGCACUGUACUCAACAUCUCUCCACCUCCAGAAGACCUGCUGGACGACAGCCGCAUGUCCUGCCAGGACGAGGUAGCGCUCAACCCAGACUCUGAGCAGAGUGGCAGCAUAUGGAUGGACGACUCUGUUUCAAACUUUAGCAUGCUGAGCAGCAGUUCAUAUAACGAUAACACUGAGGUUCCUCGGAAAUCUCGUAAGCGAACACCCCGCCAGAGGCCAGGCUCGAAGCCUGUGGCCAGGGAUGAAUCAACCAUGGAUGUGUUUGACGCUGACAGCGCUAAAGCUCCACACUUUGUACUUUCACAGCUCGGUUCUGAAGGAAAGGGCAGUCUCAAAGGGAGUACUCUGGAGGUGGCUGGCAGUCAGAAAGGUGGAAUUCUUUCAACACAGUAUCCACAAAAGAGUGAGGGGAAAGAAUUAAAGAUUCUGGUACAGCCUGAAACACAACACCGUGCACGAUACCUUACAGAGGGCAGCAGAGGAUCUGUCAAAGACCGUACACAGCAAGGCUUCCCCACCGUCAAACUAGAAGGUGUGAAUGAACCAGUUGUUCUCCAAGUGUUUGUGGCUAAUGAUGCUGGGCGAGUAAAACCACAUGGCUUCUAUCAAGCAUGUAGAGUGACCGGACGUAACACGACGGCCUGUAAAGAAGUGGAUAUUGAUGGGACCACGGUUAUUGAAGUGAACCUUGAGCCGAGCAACUCCAUGACUUUAGCGGUGGACUGUGUUGGGAUAUUGAAAUUGAGGAAUGCAGAUGUUGAAGCCAGAAUAGGAGUGGCUGGCUCUAAAAAGAAAAGUACGAGGGCUCGUUUAGCAUUCAGGGUUAACAUCCCUAGACCAGACGGCUCUGUCCUCACACUGCAGACCCUUUCUUCACCAAUCCUCUGUACCCAACCUGCUGGAGUGCCUGAAAUUCUCAAAAAGAGUCUUCAUACCUGCUCGGUGACUGGAGGAGAGGAGGUCUUCAUUAUUGGCAAGAACUUCCUUAAGGGAACUAAAGUUAUUUUUCAGGAACUUGGCACAGAUGAUAGCUCAUGGCAGGCUGAAGCAGAGAUUGACAUGGAACUUUUCCAUCAAAAUCACCUAGUGGUAAAGGUGCCUCCUUAUCAUGACCUGACGGUGACCUCACCUGUAUCAGUUAGAAUCUCUGUGUUAACAAAUGCAGGAAGAACACAUGAGCUCCAGCCUUUCACCUAUACUCCUCAGCCAGAAAAAGUUGAUGUUCCUGUGAAGUCAGAGCUGUCAGUAACAGCCAAGCCUUGCACGUUUGAAGAGCAGAUAAAUGCAAUGCAAACUGGCACCAAUAGUCUUAACAGUACAUUGAUGGCCCCAAUGAUCUCCAUAGUCAAAAGGGAAGAAGUAACCCCAAUGGAAAUCUCUACCAACUCUACGACGUCUAACAUUUUUAAGCCUGCAGAGGUCCUUAAUUCAGACCAACAGAUUUUGGAAAUAACCACCAUCCUUCCUACUAGCAGCAAAUCCUUUCCUAGCCCUGUGUCUCUGCCAUCUGUUGAAUCUCAACAAUCAGUGCCAACAAUGUUUGCACCUCCAGAGCCCCUUACGACAAUUCAGAAACAGGAUAUACCCCCUACACCAUCCUUUCAAGUCUCCUUGUCAGAAGACACCACAGUUCUUCAGCCUGUGCCCCCACAGGUCCCUCAGCAGUUCUUGAGGGAAACCCCUGAGACUUUGUCUCCAGAAGACAACAGUCCAGAUGGCACAGGAAUGGUGGUAGUGGGGAUGGAGUCUAGGCCUCCCGCUUCCCAGCAACCCCAGGUCCAGACCAUUUUACCUCAAGAUGAGGUAGCACAGCUGGAAAGAGCUGUUAGGGAGUUGCAAGAACAACAGCAACUCAAUUCUGUGCUUUAUGAUUCAAACCCUUCUCCUGAAAACCUCCAGCAACAUGUCCAGGAAAACAUGAACAGUUUAAGGCUGGGUGGCAAUGAGAACACGUUGACCAAUCAACAGCAGCAGCAACAAGAACACAAUAUACUGCAUAAUCUGCAGCAACAGCAUCAGAAAGCUCUAGUUGAUCUGCAGCAUCAACAAACAGUCUUGAACAAUCUGCAACAGCAACAAAAGGUCUUGGUGAACUUUCAGCAACAAACUCUUGGAAAUCUGCAACAACAACAGUCACAUCAGAAAGUUCUGGAAAACCUGCAGCACCAGAAGGUUCUUGGGGACAUUCAGCAACAAAACUCUUUGGUGAAUAUUCAGCAUCAGAAAGUACUUGAUAAUCUGCAACAGCAACAGCAGCAUCAGCAGAAUCUAGAGAAACUUCAACAAGAGCAACAACAUCAAGAGGUCUUGGAACAGUUGCAAUCAGAACUCUUACAGCCACAGAUUCCCAUGCAGUGCACACCGAGUUUCCCUGUACCACAGGAUCAAAUGUCUGAGCAUCAAAGCACCGGACAGAUAGAUGGCUCCUUGUCACAGCCAUCUGAUGGUUUUCUCCAGAAUUCAUCCCCACAGCCACAGCAGCAAGCACUUUUUCAACAGGCCAGGGGGCUACUGACUAUUCAGACAUCCAGCUUUCUUCAGCAGCCAUCCUCCCAAACCUCACCUCCCCAGCAGCUGUUUCAGAGUCAUACACCUAUUACAGACACACAAGAACCACAGACAGGGCUUUUUGGUACUUCGAAAGCGACCCAGGUUCAACCUACUUUAUUUCCCAAUACAGUGACGAUGCUGACAAGCACUAACUUAUCUUCUGAGCAACAGGCUCCCUCAACUACCCUGUUCAUUUCUCAGGGUGUCCUGCAUAGCCAAAUAACAUCCAACAAUUCUCAAAAUCAACAACAGCAACAAAUCGCUUUUCUCACUCCCAUGGAAACGUCAACCUCAGCAACCCAAUCAGUGUCACUUUUUCAGGGACAACCCCAGUUGUCCACUCCAAUGGAACAGCACUCUUCCCAGUCUCAGCAAAUACCAACACCUCAGCAAGCUGCACUAUUCCAGAAUAUUACUACAAUAUCCCAAAGUCAGGGCCAGCAGCAACCACAGCCUGGCUUACUGUUCUGUGCUACUUCUGUUAACCCUCAAGACCUCCCUCAGACUCUCCUGUUCAGUACCCAGAACCAGGGUCCAAUGGGUGGCAACUCACUGCCGCAAAACAUCUUUCAGGACCAGCAACCCAUGCAGGUUGUCCCGAUGGCUGGUAAUAUUACAGCAGACAACUCCACAAGUCAAUCUACAGUCUCUCCAUCACAAUCAACACAAAGUCCACAGAUUCUUUUUCCCCAAGCUAGUGUGGUGAACGUGACUCAGCAAGAUUCAACCGAACCGAUGUCUUUUCAAGAUGAGACCUCUGUUGUGGGUCACUCGUCUGCCAGCAUGCCUACAACCCAGCCAGGACUCUUUCAGGACCAGCAGCUUAUGCAGGUUGUCCCAAGUGCUAGCAACUGUGCCUCUGUCCCUUCCGCAGACCAGGGCACCGUUAAUAUUUUUUUGCCACAGGCAGCCAUUUCAGCACUCCAAAGUGGUGUGGGCUCUCAAGAGUUACCUCAGACUGCUACAGGAACUGCCAUUUUUAGUGGGCAGAGUGGAGUGACACUCGGAGGGUUGCAGAGCUCCUCGGCCGCAUCCAGUCAACAGACUCCAGAUUCGCUUUUUCAGACCGCUUUAGGGGGAACCCUGAACCAGCCUGGACAGCCAGGACAAACAGGCCUAUUUAUUUUUGAAAUCCCCACUGAAUGUGGUCCGUUAUUAACCCCUCCUGGUCCUGCGUUGACGGACCAACUUGUCACCAUGGGGCAUCCUAGAUCAGAUCACAACCAGAAUCAGCUUCAGUCCAGUGCACAGAUUCAUAGUUUACUAGACCAGUCCAGCAGCCUCAGCGAGAAGAUUGAUGAACUACUAGAGCAGUUUGAGGAACAAGGGAAGAUGCUUCCUAGGGACUUCUUAGAACAGUAAAAAAUAUUUAAAAAGUCACAAGCGUGACUUCGACAACUUGAAGGAUCAAACUUUUUAAAGCCUUUAUUACAUGUUUAAUGGAUUGUUUAGGCUGUUACAGGCGGAUAUAAUCAUGGAACCAAAUAAUUGGGGCCAACAAAAUGUUUCGUCAAGUCAGUGUUGUGAUCUGUCAUGGCAUUUCAUAUUUCGGCGGUAUAUGUCAUGUUGACAAAUUCUGUUUCUUGUUAUCCAUCUGUCUGACAGAAGCUGACGCAACUUAUCUAGCGAAACUGUUGUCGAUCUGAUAUAACACAUCGGACUAAUACAUUGUCUGUGAAUUUUUAGAUGGUGUGUUUAGCACUUUAUUGAGUUUUUGAAGUGAGUUACAUGCUUUUUAGCUUUCGAACCAUUUGUAUCCAUACUUGCCUCUUUUUUAUAGUCUUUCCCAAAAGAUCCUCUAUUUUGUACCAGCUCAGUCAUAUUUACUGAUCCGUUUUCAUAUUAACCGAUAUAACGAUGUUGCCAUGGUUACUGCUUUCUUUUUUUUUUCUUUUUUUCCUAGAUGAUUGUGUGCAAGCGUCCUCGUUAGUCUCGAUCCAUACAUUCUAUGACAUUUACUGUAUAUAUUUGUAUAAAUGAUAUUUUUGAUUGUCAUCUAAUAUAUUUUAUAAAGAAAUAAAAGCGGUCCAUCUUUAGUCAUUCCUGUCAUGGACAUGUUAUAUCACUUGUGUACAUUGUUAAAUAAUGAUGAUGUGUCCGAUACAUAUAUAAGCUAGCCUGGUGGACUGCCCUAAAACUCCAAUUAUUGUCCAGUGUAUAGUAUGUAAUAAAUAGCAAGGUGUUAUAAAUAAAUAAGUAAGUAAAUAAAUAAAUAAACAAAAUAAGGAAAUGUUACUAAUUUGUUGGCAUUGUCCAAAAUCUUAAGCAGUGAUCUGUUUAGAUGGAAUAUUUCGUGUCAGUUUCAGGAUAUUCCACCAAGCUAUUGAUAUGCAUGCCCAUGACAUAGUGUGUAUACUGUGUGUCUCUGUGUGUGUGUGUGUGUGUUUUGUGUUUAAUAGAAGCAAAUAGUGUAUUGAUAUUUGUACUAUGUUACAUGAGUUUCAAUCCAUGUUUUUAUAUUAAACACAUUAGAGAUACCGUUCAAUUGGGCACUAGCUACUGGAAAGGUUUAUUAAUGUGAAAUGUUGAUUGAACAUCGUUUCAUUCAUUUGUUAUGUUGGAUUUGGGAAAUGAAGUUGUACAGGGUUUAUUUUUAAAAACACAUCGGCAUAGUGGUGCUACUUUGUUUACAUUAAUGACAUAAAUAACCAUUGUUAUAUCAACGUUUGGACUGAGAUUAUUACAAAAUGCUUUGUUUCUAAAGCUUGUGGUCAUGGUUUUUAUUUUUGGUCCCUGCUUUCUCUGCGGUUACUGACCUGUUUACUCUUAGUGGCAGACUUUUUGAUUAUUUUCGUUUUGUUAGAUGACAACUUCCCCACAAUCAUAAAGGUUUACAGUUUCCCAUUAUUUAAGAAAAAAAAUCAGUGUUUUUCAAUUCCACAAGCACCUUUUGCUUUGACAAUGUUCACAUGCAGAUAAAUUUUGGUCUCUAGACAUGUAAAUUCCUCCACAAAUACAUUUGCAUUAUGUAUGAUUUAUUUACCUUUGUUUCCCUUAUUUGUCCAUAAUUGUAUAGUCAUUGACAUCUAAUGAUGUAUUUAACACUUGCCGCAAACUCUGUAAAAAGAACACUGUAGUUGUAGUGCGUUGUUUUCCUCGGCGUGAUCUUGGUUUGGUGUGUGUUUUGCUGUCUAUGUAGAAAAAUCUGUUUGUUUGUUUUUAUAAACACACAUUAAGUGAGCCAUACAUACAGUAUUUUUGUAAGUCUGAAAUUACUAAAUGUACUGUGUACAUUUCAAAAAUAUUGAAUUGUGUGUCCCUUCUGCAGUACUUCAUGCAUUGUGUCACGAAAGAGAUGUUUUUUUUUUUUUGUCGUCUUGUCACUGUGCUAUGAAGCAGACCUUCUGUGCGUCAUAUAAAAUUCAAAUAUUCUAAUUAGACCUGAUAAAUAAAUACAAGAGGUUUUUAUACAGGCUUAUGAUUUGGAGCUUGUGUUCCAUGCACAAACUAAAUGGUAACUCUGAUUUCAGAGUGAAUGUGUUUUUACCUCAUGGUGUAGAGACAUAGGUUUCACACUACAUCUAAUUAAGGACCAAUUAAACGACACCUUAUUGUUUUUAGAAUAUGGCAGCAAAACACUUUUUUUUAUUUUUUUUUUUUUUUAAUGAAUUAUUUGAGUUUUUGUGACUUUUUUUUGUUGUUGUUUUUGUUCUUUUUAAAAUCUUGGGUCGAAAGGCCGUGUCAUAUAAGAGAUAAUAAUCAGACACAGAAUAAAAAAAAAAACAGCGUUUCUUCACAGUCCAUCAUUGUAAGAGCUACAUAAAAUGCUUAUCUUAUGCAUACAUUUUGUUAUGCAUACAACUCAUGUUCUGUUGGAUUGUGCUAUUUUUAUUGGAAGUACGUUGUGCCUUUUUAAAAACCCGUCCGUCCUCCCCUUACUUCUAAAGUAUCUUUUUAACGAAAUAAACCUUUCUGAGUUUUUAGUUCCACUUUCAAAGAAUCCAAAAAGUUAGAAAUGUAUUCUAGUUCCAUGUUUAACUGUCUUGUCGACAUGUUGUCUAAUCCGAAUGCAGAGAUGCAUUUGAGCUUUCUGUCAUGAAACUGCUAUGCAGCUCCACCACUUUACUUGGACUGUUGGUUGCAUCUUAUUAUAAUAUUAUUAUUUUUUUUUUUAUUAUUUUAUUUUUUGCUAGGACAAGGUACAGAACAGGAAAAAAAAAAUCAACAUGCAUUUGAUUGUUAGUUUGUGUGAAAUGGUUUUGACGGAAAUCUUCGAGCGCUUUCAUCACUCCGCAGCAGUUUGUGUUUUGUCCCGAGUUGUUUUUAAGUGUUCAUUUUCUUCAUAUGCAUUUUUUUUUACUGUGGUUUGUUUGCUGUGAAUAUUACUUACCCUAGAAGUCACAGGGAUAACCGUUUACUUUUCAGUCCAUGUGAAGUAACAACAGUUAACAUAAUAACUAUACUUGUCUUUUGCUUUAAACCAGUACACCCCUGAAUUUGUAUACUCUUGCAGUUCUAUUUCUGUAAAAAUGUGCUGCUAUCUGUAUGAAAUAAAGAUAGAUCUUGAAAUUGU